AUGUCGAGCUAUGAUGAUGAUCCUAUAAUAGAAAUUUUUGAUAAUGAUAAUAGCGAUGACAUUCAGGUUAUAAAUAGAGAUAACAGUCAGUAUGACCAGAACUUGAUGAAUGCUAACGGGAAUACACCGCAUAACUACUAUAAUGAUAUAUAUGAUAAUUCCCAACAAGAGAAUACACACCAGAAUCGACAACAACAGGUACAAGAACAACACUCAUCACUUUCUUCAAUACUUCAACCAGAAGCUCACACAAAUCAUCAGGAGCCAAGUGGUUUGACACCGAUAUUGACUUCGAAUGAUUAUAAUCAGUUGACAACUGUUAGUCAACCAAAAUUUAUGACUUCAUUGCCGCCAUUGGCGCCACUAUCGGAAUCUGUUAUACCGAAUAAUUUAAAUAUCCCACCGACGUUGUCAUUACCAAAGAUGAACGAUAACCAAGAUAAAAAGACAAGUGUUGUGGCUACAAAUACGAAAAAACGAAAAGAGGCUCCGAGCUCCAAGACGAGACCCGCAUUUGUAAUGAAGAUAUGGUCCAUGGUGAAUGAUCCUGCAAAUCAUGAUUAUAUUAGAUGGAAUGACAGUGGGAAGACAUUUCAGGUAUUUCACCGAGAAGAAUUUAUGAAACUCAUCUUACCGAAAUAUUUCAAGCACAAUAAUUUUGCCAGUUUUGUUAGACAAUUGAAUAUGUAUGGCUGGCAUAAAGUGCAAGAUAUCAGCAAUGGGACUCUUAAUAAAGAUGACAAGUCAAACGAUGAAAUAUGGCAGUUUGAGAAUCCUUAUUUCAUAAGAGGCAGGGAAGACUUAUUAGAUAAAAUUGUAAGAAAUAAAACCAUUAGUCAGGAUUCGGAUAAUAUAGAGGCAGGAAAUCUCAAUUUUCAAUCUAUCUUAAACGAAUUGGAUCAAAUUAAAGUCAAUCAAUAUGCUAUAACUGAGGACUUGAGAAGGGUAAGAAAUGAUAAUAAAACCUUAUGGCAAGAGAAUUUUAUGACUAGAGAGAGACACCAACAACAGGCUCAAACAUUAGAGAAGAUUUUGAAAUUUUUAGCUGCAGUUUAUGGUAACUCAGCUGGAAAAUUAUUAGAAGUUGAUAAUGGUUCAAUUGGGCUUGACGAUUUUAAUCCGAAUAACCAAAUGACUACUUAUAACUACCAACCCCAACAAGCGCAUAACCAAGCUCCACAACAGCCUAUACAGACACCGACAACAACAACAACAGGUCAGCCUUCACAACCUCCAAGUCCAUUCAAUAGACCUCGUUUGAUGUUGAUGGAUCAAGCAUAUCAAAAGUCCCCAUCUAAUAAUCCUUCUCCUAAAGAUACAACACAAAGGAAUAGUAAUAGUGGUUCAAUCGAGGAGAUUAUAAGGUCAUACGAAAACACACCUAAUGAUUCUCCUAAUAGUAAUGUAAAUAAAAUAUACCAGCAGUUAAUGAAUAAUGAUCCUGGUAUUUCUUCCCCAAGACAUUAUUUCCCAGAGUUGAAUAAUCCAAAUAGUUCUUAUUUUGGAAUGCCUAAUACUCCUGGUCAGCAAUACAUUAAGUCUGGCACACCAUUAGACUCAUCAAAUAACACAUCUGAAGUUAUGAAUGGAUUGGAACAGAAUAUUUAUAAGCAGGGCCAGUCGAUUCAGCAAGUUCAGGAUUGGAUUCAAAAACUAGCAGCCCAGCAGCAACAACAACAGCAGCAACAACAGCAAUUGCAGCAAUUACAAAAUUUAAAUCAAAACAGUAAACAAAUUUCAGAUGAUUAUGAAAAGCCAGAUAUAGAUGAGUUUGAUGUCAACGAAUUCUUAGAUAACUCAAAUGCUUCAAAUUCACAGACCAGUAACUCAGUAAACUCUGAUCCGAACGACGCUUCUUCGAACAAAAGAUCGAUUGAUGAAGCUAAUGAUAGUAAUGCCAAGAGGAAAAAACAAUAA